AUGGCACUCUCAAGCAUCUUAUCUCUUGUCCUUCUAGCAUCGGCAGGCAAGGCGAAACAAACAACAGCAGCUGUGUUUCCCUCUGCAAAACAGCAAUGUCCUCAUCAUCCAGCAGGCCGCUUGGAAACAGCUGCGCUGCUACCGGUUUGUCCACUUCCAGGGCACAUUGGCGUCCUGUCCGAUGAAAGCCCCAAUGCUAUCGCGUGGGACUACCCACCCAAGUGCAUUUCACCUCCAGCAAAAGACAAUACAACCGUCCCAAGAAUCGACUGCCUGUUCACUUCGACCACCUUUCGCAAUGGCCACGGCAUCAGCUUGGUUUCUUCCACACUGACAACAUCUCAUAUUGUCGGUGUUGGUUCAUUUGAUGAUGAGGCCCCUCCGCUUGGGGUGCAGCGCCGCGAGAAUCUUGGUUCUGCCUACGAGAUUGUCCCGGUGGAAGGGAAAGGGUUGGGUGUUGUUGCCAAGCGCAAGAUCAAGCGUGGAGAGAUUGUCAUGUCUGACUACCCUUCCCUACUUAUUGGGACAGGCUUCUUGGGCACCGCACAGCCCCAUCAUAGGAGACGGAUGCUCAAGCAAGCCAUCAACCAGCUUCCCGAUAAAUUGAGGUCCAAGGUCAGGGGUUUAUCGAGAGGAGCAGAAAAGUACGAGGUGGACGCCAUCUUGGGACCGAAUGCCAAUACGGUCAUGAUUGGAGAGCAAGACGGGGAGCAAAUGCAUGUCGGCCUGUUUGCUGAGGCUGCGAGGAUAAACCAUGGCUGCAGACCAAACGUUCACUCGAGGUUCUCGGAGAGGAGGUUGACAAUGGAGAUCAUGGCUCAUGUAGCCAUCGAGCCGGGAGAGGAGAUCUUGAUGAGCUGUAAGUGCUGGACUAUAGGACGAAAGUAUCUCAAAGACCAUUGGGGAUUUGACUGCAAGUGUCAACUGUGUACUGGUACGAAGAAUGAGAUUGAGGAGUUCUUCAAGGAUGCCAUUGUCAUGAGCGGCGAGUGGCAUGAGUUUAGCGAGUGGGACAUGGUUCCCCCUCUUGCGCCUGAGUACCAUGAUAGCCUGGCAAACUUGCAUUACGCAAAUGGGGAUUUGUUCAAUGCGACAAGAUAUGCGAGGAUGGCAUAUGAUGGGUGGGUGAGGUUUGGCAGUGUGGAUGAUGAAAAGUUGGAGCACUCGAGAACGGUGCUGGCAAAGAUCGAAAAGGAGUUUGAGAAGAGUUUGAAGUUUGAGAAGGACUAA